GUUUUGAUUACGACAUUUUGGAUGCUUUAUUUUGGUAUGGAUUUUGCUUCCAAAUUGCCCCUUGUAUUUUAUGAAAGAGACAACUCUGACGUUAUUAAGGAGGAAUAAGAACCUAGGCGAACAAUACGGUAAGGGGGAAUCCCCAAUAUAUAGAAAAGUUUGAAAAGCAUUUAAUAUUGGAGUUGGAUUCGUAGUUUUCAUACUGAGGAUUUGUGCAAAAUGUAUCGAUCCAUUCCUCCUCUUUCCCCUUAUAUAUGCCUCCUUCAUUGUUUUUUACGAACUUUCUAUGUAAUCCCUUAGGCUAUUUUCCUUUCACCCCUUUUUGGCCUGAUUUUUCUCUGGUUAUUCCAUCUCAUCACCGGCGCUCCGUCCUGCAUGGCCGCCAUGAAGGGGUUCUUUGUGAUGCUGGCAUUGGCUCUGGUCUUCGCAGGAGUUUCCCGACCAAGUUUUGCAUAUGAACGACCGCCUGCUCGGAAAAACUUGUUUGUUCCCUUGGCCAAAGAUCUUGGUCCUGAUUCUCCACAACAGGUUAUCAUUCAACGCAAUUCUCUACGUUUUAAUCCAUUAUUUUUUUCAUAUUUUGAUGCAUUUGUUAUCCAUCACGACCCGAUUGAACUGAGCAGAUUUGCCCUGAUUGAUAAUUUAUGAAUGGCUUAGUUUGUCACAUUCGAGGAACCUAAAAAGCAUUCUUUUAUUUACUCGAUAUUUAUGUUAAUGGGGGAUAGAAAUUCAGGAAGUAUGAGGGCACAGAUUAGUUUAAGAAUUUGUGGUAUGCGAGGUCGAGGCUGUUCUGUUUCAAAAUCGAAGGACUUGUUUUCUUUCUGUCCUUUGAUUUAGGUUGGACUGGCAACGUUGUCAGAUUUGACUUCCUGUCAGAAAAACUAGUGAAGGGUCUUAGUGGAUGUUCACAUUUCACAUUGACACACACCUCACACCUGCUCUAAGGUAAAAUGCCUCAUAAUCUAUGACUAAUUAAGAACAAUAACUGUUGAUUAACACCUUCCAACAACUUGGAAAGGCAGGCAGUUAAGUACGAAAUUCAAUAGCCCGGAUAUGUUGAGUUUCAUAUACUGAAAAACUGACAUAGAAGGAAAAAAUUGCAGUCAAAUUGGGGUACUUUUUCAGUUUGUUUGGCUGAUUGUUUUACUUUCCUUCAAUGUUUUCCAUAGAGUCAGACUGCAGUCAUGUAUCCAUAACUAAUGUAGCCAUUGAAAUUAGGUUCACGAUUUAUAGUUUCGCAGGUGCAUAUAUCUCUGGCGGGGCAAGAUAAGAUGAGGAUAACAUGGAUAACAGAUAACUCAACUCCAGCAACUGUCAAAUACGGUACAUCUUCAGGAGUUUAUGACUCUUCAGCCAGUGGAAGUGUCAGUUCGUACAAGUAUGUGUGGUAUGAAUCUGGAGAAAUACAUGAUGUGGUUAUUGGCCCCCUGAAGCCAAACAACGUGUACUACUAUCGCUGUGGUUUAGAUUCAAGCCCUGAAUUCAGUUUCAAAACUGCACCGGCAGAAUUUCCCAUCAAAUUCGCUGUAUCAGGUGAUUUAGGACAAACAGACUGGACAAGUUCAACUCUGGAUCACAUUGAAAAAUCGAACUAUGAUGUGUUGCUUUUGCCAGGGGAUUUGUCGUAUGCCGAUUUGAACCAACCGUUGUGGGAUUCAUUUGGCCGUCUGGUUGAGCCACUAGCCAGCAAGCGGCCAUGGAUGGUGACACAAGGAAACCAUGAGAUUGAGAAAAUUCCCUUAAUUCAUAAGCAACCCUUCACAGCCUACAAUGCAAGAUGGCGCAUGCCGUACGAGCAGAGUGGCUCUGAUUCAAACUUAUACUACUCAUUUGAAGUCGCUGGAGUUCAUGUAAUUAUGUUGGGUUCAUACACCGAUUUUGAUCCUAAUUCAACGCAGUAUAUAUGGCUUCAAACUGACCUGAAGAAUGUAGACAGAAGUAGAACACCAUGGCUCAUAGUUCUUAUACACGCGCCUUGGUAUAACUCUAAUCAUGCUCAUCAGGGUGAAACUGAAUCUGUUGAUAUGAAGAAAGACAUGGAAGAUUUGCUAUAUCAAGCCAGAGUUGAUGUUGUAUUUGCCGGGCAUAUUCAUGCAUACGAACGCUUUAUCCGAGUUUACAAGGAUCAAGCUGAUAACUGUGGACCAGUGUAUAUCAACAUUGGGGAUGGCGGAAACAGAGAAGGCCUUGCUACCGAUUACAUAGAGCCGCAGCCAAAGAUUUCGGUAUUCAGGGAAGCAAGCUUUGGGCAUGGUGAACUUGAAGUAGUGAAUGCAACCCAUGCGCAGUGGUCGUGGCACCGGAAUGACGACGAUGAAGCAGUUUUAGGUGAUUUAAUCUGGUUGACAAGCCUCCCAUCUGAUCCUAAUUGUAGAGUGUAAAAUCCUACACAACUAUAUUAAAGAUUGAUGAAAAAAUUUUCUGUACAUCUUACUAUAUUAGAAACAAAAAUCACACUUAAUAGAAAGUAUCAACAUUUGCCAUGUGGCAUUUUCACAUCAUAUUUUUAAAAUAA